UCUAUCUACAGGCGGUCCAGGCAACUAUGAUCCUGUCCACAAUUCUCUGCUGCGUGGGCUUCUUUGUGUUCAUCCUUCAGCUCUUCGGACUGAAACAAGGAGAGAGAUUUGUCUUUACAGCCGUCAUCCAGCUACUGGCUGGCCUGUGUGUGAUGAUCGGAGCGUCCAUCUACACGGCGGAGAGGGAAGGUUUUACAGAGGAGGCUCUAAGGAAGGGAGGAUACGGUUCCUCCUACGUCCUGGCCUGGAUCAGCUUCCCCAUGACUGUCAUCAGUGGACUGAUGUAUCUGGUGUUGAGGAAACGCAAAUAAAAGACUCUUAUCUCUACAAAAACAUAAUGUCCACAAUCCCCCUGUCUGCCGGGAGAAAUGUUCAUUAUUUUGACCUCCCACCACGUUAUAAUUGACAAGAGGAAGUGUGUAAACCAACAGUCUAUUAGCUAAAGAAGGGAACUUCAAACUCGUUUUUUGUUGUUGCUAAGAGCGACUGUCUGACAGGCCCAGUGUAGUGGGGGGGUAACGUGGGGGGAGGUUUCUCUACACUGUGUGGGUUGGAACGAGACUGUGACGUACCGGCCAGCUGUUGGCUGGGACCUUCCGCGGUGACGUCAAUGCGGUAAAUUUAGUUUAACGGACCAAUAGAUGGUGUAUAGUUGAAAUGCGUGAUGCCAGAACGAUGGUUAAGACUGAGCUGUAAAACACCGUGUUAAGUCCUACUAGAGUAAACCUGGUGUAGAAGGUGGAAUAUGUAGGUUUGUCUCCCUCCCUGCCGGCCUGUCUGUCUGCAUCCCUCCCUGCCGGCCUGUCUGUCUGCAUCCCUCCCUGCCGGCCUGUCUGUCUGCAUCCCUCCCUGCCCUGUCUGUCUGUUUGCUGGCCUGUCUGUCUGCUUUCCGGGCUAUCUGGUGAAAGAUGCUGAGGUUAAUAUCGAGGACACUAAAGAAUAGAGGGGGGGUAGGAUGAUCCACUAUCUAACUGGAAUAAAAACAGAAUGGAACCCACUAGAA